AUGGAAUGGGCUUCUUCAAUCACGGAUCAGAUCCCCAACUCUUCGUCUUCCUCCCCUCUGACCACCGACUCCGAUCUCGCAGUGUUUACAAAUCUUAGAGUUGAACUCUGUUCUGGUCUGAUUUAUGCUUACUACACAAAAAUAACGAUCGGUGAGAAAAUGGCACAGCAUCUGUUGCAUGGGACUUUGCACGCUACGAUCUAUGAGGUUGAUGAACUCCACUCUGGUGGUCUCAGGUCUGGCUUCUUCGGAAAGAUUCUGGCAAAUGUAGAAGAGACCAUUGGUGUUGGCAAAGGAGAAACACAACUCUACGCAACCAUUGAUCUCCAAAGAGCCAGAGUUGGAAGAACCAGAAAGAUCAAAGAUGACCCCAAAAACCCAAAGUGGUAUGAGUCCUUUCAUAUCUACUGUGCCCACUUGGCUUCUGACAUCAUCUUCACCGUCAAGGAUGAUAACCCCAUUGGUGCUACCCUCAUCGGUAGAGCCUACAUCCCUGUUGACCAAGUCAUCCACGGCGAGGAAGUUGACCAGUGGGUUGAGAUCUUGGACAAUGACAAAAACCCUAUUCACGGAGGGUCCAAGAUCCAUGUGAAGCUUCAGUACUUUGGUGUUGAAGCUGAUCGUAACUGGAACCAAGGUAUCAAGAGUGCUAAGUUCCCUGGAGUUCCCUACACGUUCUUCUCUCAGAGGAAGGGAUGCAAGGUUUCUCUGUACCAAGACGCUCACAUUCCAGACAACUUUGUCCCAAGAAUCCCUUUAGCUGGUGGGAAGAACUAUGAGCCGCAGAGGUGUUGGGAGGAUAUUUUUGAUGCUAUAAGCAAUGCGCAGCAUAUGAUUUACAUCACUGGAUGGUCUGUGUAUACUGAGAUUUCUUUGGUGAGAGACUCAAGGAGGCCAAAGGCGGGUGGAGACAUGACUGUUGGUGACCUACUCAAGAAGAAGGCUAGUGAAGGUGUUAGGGUUCUUCUCCUUGUUUGGGAUGACAGAACCUCCGUUGAUGUGUUGAAGAAAGAUGGUCUCAUGGCUACUCAUGAUGAAGAGACUGAGAAUUUCUUCAGAGGAAGUGAUGUUCAUUGUAUUUUGUGUCCACGUAACCCUGAUGAUGGUGGUAGCAUAGUCCAAAACUUGCAGGUCUCUGCUAUGUUCACGCAUCAUCAGAAGAUUGUUGUUGUGGAUAGUGAGAUGCCAAGCCAAGGAGGUUCACAGAUGAGGAGGAUAGUGAGUUUUGUCGGUGGUAUUGAUCUCUGUGAUGGACGUUACGACACACCUUUCCACUCCUUGUUCAGGACGUUGGACACAGUUCACCAUGAUGACUUCCAUCAGCCUAACUUCACAGGAGCUGCUAUCACCAAAGGUGGUCCAAGGGAGCCUUGGCAUGACAUUCACUCUCGUCUCGAAGGUCCCAUUGCUUGGGAUGUUUUGUAUAACUUCGAGCAGAGAUGGAGCAAGCAAGGUGGUAAAGACAUUUUGGUUAAGUUGAGAGAGCUUAGUGAUAUCAUCAUCACUCCUUCUCCUGUUAUGUUCCAAGAGGAUCAUGACGUGUGGAAUGUCCAGCUCUUUAGAUCCAUUGAUGGUGGAGCUGCUGCUGGUUUCCCUGAAUCACCUGAAGCUGCUGCCGAAGCUGGUCUUGUAAGUGGUAAGGAUAACAUCAUUGACAGGAGUAUCCAAGAUGCUUACAUUCAUGCCAUAAGACGUGCUAAAGACUUCAUCUACAUUGAGAAUCAGUACUUCCUUGGAAGCUCCUUUGCUUGGGCUGCUGAUGGUAUCACUCCUGAAGACAUCAACGCUCUACACUUAAUCCCAAAGGAGUUGUCUCUCAAGAUCGUUAGCAAGAUUGAGAAGGGAGAGAAGUUCAGGGUUUAUGUUGUGGUGCCAAUGUGGCCAGAAGGUUUACCAGAGAGUGCAUCAGUGCAAGCUAUAUUAGAUUGGCAGAGGAGGACAAUGCAGAUGAUGUACAAGGAUAUUGUUCAGGCUCUUAGAGCUCAGGGCUCAGAGGAAGAUCCUAGGAACUAUCUGACUUUCUUCUGUCUAGGAAACCGUGAGGUUAAGAAAGAGGGAGAGUAUGAGCCAGCAGAGAGACCAGACGCAGACUCUAGCUAUAUGAGGGCACAAGAAGCACGUCGCUUCAUGAUUUACGUCCACACCAAAAUGAUGAUCGUUGAUGAUGAAUAUAUCAUCAUUGGAUCUGCUAACAUCAACCAGAGGUCAAUGGAUGGUGCAAGAGAUUCUGAGAUAGCAAUGGGAGGCUACCAACCACAUCACUUGUCACACAGACAACCAGCUCGUGGACAGAUCCAUGGGUUCCGCAUGUCACUCUGGUACGAACACCUAGGAAUGCUCGAUGAGACUUUCCUUGAUCCAUCAAGCGUGGAAUGCAUUGAGAAAGCUAACCGCAUUUCUGAAAAGUAUUGGGACUUAUACUCAAGCGAGUCACUCGAACAUGACCUUCCCGGUCACUUGCUUCGCUACCCUAUUGGUGUCGACAGUGAAGGUGACAUCACUGAGUUUCCUGGAUUUGAGUUCUUCCCUGACACAAAGGCUCGUAUCCUCGGCACCAAGUCAGACUACUUGCCUCCAAUCCUUACAACUUAA